UGUGUUACCGGAAAACCGCUCCGGGUGGGUGACUUCCGGCGGGACAAAUGGCGGUGGCGGCGGCUCCUCCUCCUCCUCCUCCUCCCGCCGCCGCUGCCGCCGCCGCCGCCGUCAGAAUGGCCGAGGCCGGCAACAAGUUCCGGGAGAUCUUCCUCUACCUGUCCACGGGCGGUUUCCCCGCCGCCUUCGGCCCCGCCCGGAAGAAGAACCUCAAGCGAUUCGCGCAGAAGUUCGUGGCGGAAGGGGGCUGUUUGUACUACGUGGGAUCCAAAAAAGAUGAGAAGCGAGAGGUGGUGGCAGAUCGGGAUAAGCGCCGGGAGAUCUUCUUGGAAUGUCACUUCUCCGACCUGGGCUGCCACCUGGGGCAGAAGAAGACGGUGCACAGGAUCCAAAGCCGCUAUUACUGGCUUGGGAUAGUCAAGGACGUGGUGGACUGGAUUAAAACUUGUGAGACCUGCCAGCGGGCCGAGCAGUACAAGAACAUGUCUCGCAAAUACCGACCCAUAAAGGUGACCAGACCGUGGGAGAUACUGGGCAUCGAUCUGAUCGGUCCUUUCCCCGAGAGCAGCCAAGCUAACACCUAUGUGCUGGCGGUCACCGACUACUUCACUAAGUGGGUGGAAGCCAUUCCCCUUCAGAGGAAAAGGGCCUCCUGCGUGGCCAAGGCAUUGGCUGCCACCUUCUACAGGUUUGGGGCAUCGAAAGACAUUUAUUCCAGUGAAGGCAGAGUGUUCUGCGAAGAGGUGAGUCGCGCCCUGGCUGAUGAGUGGAACAUAAACCAUGCAGUAACCCCGGCCGAGCGGCCGCAGCACACAGGCCUGGACGACAGGACAAGUGAAGUGCUGAAGGCCGCUAUCAGGAACGUGGUGAGCGAGAAGCCGCUGGACUGGGACGAGUGUCUGGAUCCUGUCCUGUUCGAGUUCCGCACCUCGGUCAAUUCGACCACCAAGUUCACCCCCUUCUUCCUGCUUUACAACCGAGAAGCCAGGCUGUCGUCUCAGGGAGAUGUCGAGAUUUCACACGAGUACAGAUUGCCGGAGAGUUGCAGCGUCAAAGUGGAGAGCGUGGAGGAGUUCACAGCCGCCGUGAGCAACCAACAGAGCGCCGUCAAGGACAUGGUGAUUGCCAACCUAGCCGCAGCUCACAAGCGUGAGAAGAAAAACGCCAAGAGGAAAGCUCGGAAGGGAGCGGACAUUAACGGCGGCAGCGGGGUCUUUGUCGGGGCCACGGACAAAAAGCACAAGAAGAACCAGUUCCUCUCGUUCCAGAUCGAAACCACUUUAUCCUCUGAGCACAACCUGGCUGACGUGACCAUCUGAAUCCCGGUUACCGCAGCCCCAGGGCGUGGGGUGUAUGUGUGUGUGUGUGUGUGUGAGUGUAUCUGGCCCUCACUCCUCUCGCUGGGGGGGGGGGAAGAUCGUGGAAUUGUUUUCGGAGACACCGCUGCCGGGCAGGAACGCCGAUCGGAAAAGUAGGAAAACUGGGUCUCGGUUUGCUCCAGUCCGAGGCCGAGGCGGUUGGGUUUCAACCGAAGCCUUUUUGUUCAACAGACGCCAGAGACGGCAACCGCAGACGGCAAGACCUUUACCAGCCAUCCAUGCACCCACGUCAGUUGACGAACGGUCUGACAUUGAAUGGAGUGAACAUCGCGGUGGUGGAGGUGGGUAUGGUAUAUCUCCUCUGCCGGCUCCUGCCUCUCGCUCACUCUCACCGUCAACACCGGAGACUCCGGCAACCGAAGGCAGCAAAUACAAACAAUGACGACGGACGGACAGACAGACUCCCAACACGUGCUGCGGUCGGUCGGUAGUUUUCCUGCGUGUGCUCACUCGCUCUCCCCCCACCACCCCCCCUCGCUGACGGAUGCGGAUCCCGCCUGAUCCUUUCUGGGGAAUGUUGCUGUUAAUUUAGCAUCUGGAGGUCAUCGGAUCAUUGGAUAUCACUGUACCAACAGGUGGAAGACAUUCAUCUGAAUCACAUUUCUCCCACCAUCUUUUCUCCAUACUUCGCACAUGUCGGUCCAUUUAAAUAUCCUCCCUGAUCCUGCCGGUGUGUUCCAUACCUUCACAGGGCCCUGGGGUGGGGAAGGUACGUUUUCAGGUCUCUGUGUCGUAAACAACAAGAACAGGACUGGUAUCUGCCAGCGGUGAUGGAAACUGUGUGACGCUUGUGUUUACGUAAUCGACCACAAGAACAGUUAGUGUGUCUCUGUCUGCUCUCUCCUUUCUUUUGUGACGUCGCUAUUUGAUUAGCAAAGCUGAGUCAAAUGGUUUUAUCUCUAUUCUCAGCUCCUGUGCAGAGGCUUCAGAGGAACCGAGUCUGUGACUAGCAGUCAGAAGUGUGUGGCACCUUGUUACUUUAUUAAAAGAACACUUUAAUUGUA